AGGUACGCAAUCGCAUUAAUUAAACUAGAUCAUGUCGACGCCGCUCUCUACGUGAUUUGCUGCUUUUCCUUGUUAAACGUGAUCACUCAUGUAUUCGACGCUAUUUUCUCUCCGACUUUCAACUGAUGCCAAAUGUGCGAUUGUGUGAAUAGGUUGCCUGUUUGAUUCCUACAUUUUGCGGUAGCUUUUGAUUCCGGGAUUGUUCUUCAGUCCCGUGACGGUCAGAUCUGAUGGUAGAAUUAGUGAAGAACUGAUAAUAGGAAUGGCUGCGCAAACUGUGAGUCCUCCGUCGACUCCAAGUGCUCAAGUGAUUGGAAAUGCUUUUGUGGAGCAGUAUUACCAUAUUCUCCACCACUCUCCUGAAUUGGUCUUCAGAUUUUACCAGGAUACAAGUCUACUGAGUAGACCAGACCCUAAUGGCCUUAUGACAACUGUGACAACUAUGAAAAGCAUCAAUGAUAAAAUAUGUUCGUUGGACUACAAGAACUAUAAGGCAGAGAUAAAGACUGCUGAUGCACAGGAUUCUUAUAAGGAUGGAGUGAUUGUACUAGUGAGUGGCUGUUUGACUGGAAAGGACAACCUAAGAAGGAAAUUUACGCAAACCUUUUUUCUUGCUCCUCAAGACAAAGGGUACUAUGUUCUAAAUGAUGUUUUUAGGUAUGUGGAAGAAAAUGGAUCAGACACCAGUGCCGUGGUGGAUAUUGGAGUUCAAGAGACACCAUCCAGUUCCUUGGAGCCAAAUCCAGGGCCUGCUAAAGUGGUUGAUUCCCCCAGUACAAACCAUGCAUCUUCCAUAGUGAAUGAAGUUGAGAUAAUUGAGGGGAUAGUUGAUGAUGAAGUGAUCAAUGAGGGGCAAGCUGUUAAUGAUACUGAUAAACUGGCAGAAGCUGACCCUCAAGUGAAUGAGAAUGAUGUAUCGGUGGCUGUAGAAUCACUUCCUUGUUCACCCCAGGAGGAUGGUCCAAAGAAAUCAUAUGCUUCGAUUGUUAGUUCGCAGACCAAAAAGGGUCCUAUAAAAGUAUAUGUUCCUACUAACACAGCAAAAGUAGUUUCAGCAAAAACAGAGAAGCAGCCAGUCAACACAGCGGAGCAUCCUGCUCCUGAAUCGUCAAGUCCUAUUGCACCUGAUAAUGCAUCAGAAAGUAGAGAUACUCAGGAUGAAGUUGAGGGCCACUCCAUAUACAUCCGCAAUUUGCCUCUUAAUGUCACAGCUUCUCAGCUUGAAUCUGAAUUUCAGAAAUUUGGAGCUAUUAAGCCAAAUGGGGUCCAAGUCAGAAGUAACAAGCAGCAACAAGGUUUUUGUUUUGGCUUCGUUGAAUUUCAAGAGUUUAGUUCCAUGCAAAGUGCAAUUAAGGCUUCUCCUAUAACUAUUGGUGAUCGCCAAGCUGCUGUGGAAAUAAAGAGGACAACCACCCGAGUUGGUGGCGGGAGGGGCCGAUUUACUCCUUCACGUGGAGGGUAUCGUAAUGAUAGCUUCAGGGGUCGCGGAAACUACAAUGAUGGCCGGACCUAUGUCAGAAGUGAUAGCUUAAGGGGUCGCGGAAACUUUAGCAGCGGGCGUAGCGGAGAUGGUUAUCAACAAGGGAGAGGGAGGGGCGGCCGUCGUUCCAGUCCAACGCAGAAUUCAGCUUCAACAUAAAACCGUGGACAUGGGACAUAUUGGGGGUAAUUUUGACAGGGGCGUUUUAGUGGCGGUAGCAAUAUCAACUUAUCAGGCUUUGGUUCCUAAUUCUUCUCCUUCACUUGUUCAAAAGUUAAUCUCAGAGGGGUUUGCCUUUGAAUGAAAUGGGUGCUUAGUGUAGUAUCGGUGUUUUAAGUCUUUUUCUUUUAUUUUUUUCAACAGAAUUUUGUCUAGAGUAGAGGGGGUUCUUGCAGCCUAGAGGAAUGUAGCUUGAAAUGACUACCAUAUUUUUUAUCUAUUGGAGAAAAUGAAAUUUGGUUUUA